UGGUUUUCCAUUUUUGUUUAUUUACAUUUGCUACAUUAACAGUCACCAUUCAUGAAGUUGUGCGUUAACAGCAAAUUUUAAAUUUUGCACAUGCCUUAGUAAUGUACAUUAGCUGAUUCUACAUUUGUGACUAGAAAUUAAAAUACCUGAGCUUUUGAUGUCGAUUAACAUGUUAAAUAAACAUGUUCUUUUAACAGGAGCGCCAGGUGUUGGCAAAACAACUUUAAUAAAAAAAGUCUGUUCUAAACUUAAAGAAAAUGAUAAGCAUUGUGAGGGUUUUUUUACAGAAGAAGUAAGAACAGGUCGAGAGAGAAUUGGUUUUGAUAUUGUAACUUUAUCCGAACAACGAGGCAAUUUAGCACGAGCCAGUAUUCCAAGUAGUAGAACAACUCCCAAAGUUGGAAAAUAUUCAGUUGAUGUCGAGUCUUUUGAAGCAUUGGCUCUACCAUGUUUUAAUUGUUGUGCUGCUUCUAUCUUAGUUUUGGAUGAAAUUGGUAAAAUGGAAUUGUUCAGCAAAACAUUUUUAGAAGAGGUUAAGAAAGCAUUUUCAAGGACAGAUAUAAGAAUUUUAGCAACUAUUCCUGUAUCUAAGCAGCUGUCUUUUGUGAAUGAAUUGAGGGAUCGAAAGGACUGUUUGUUGAUUGAAGUAUCAAGAGAAAAUAGAAAUAAUUUAGAAAAAAGAAUUGUUGACUGUUUACUAGAAAAAUAAUAAAAAAUAGUAAGUCUUAGAAUUCUGUCUUAGUUUUUGUUUCUCAUUAAUCCUUAAAAAACUUUAUUAUUAACUCUUAAAUUGUAAUAUAAUAUAUAUUGAUUUCUUAUUUUUCUAUGCAUUUAAUUUAAUUUAACUCAUUGAAUUUUUUUCACGCUUUUUAAUUUUAAUCAUGCAAUUUUAUUAUUUUAAAAUUAUUUUCUGUUUUUACUCUCUAGUUAGACCAAAUUUAAUUCGUUGUUUAUAAAUACACAUGUUGAUGUAAACAGCCAAAAUGAUAUGUACCUAAUAGAAAUAUAUGCAUUAUUUAAAUCAAUGUAUUCACUUCAAAUUUUAUUUCAGACAUUUGUAGUAAGUAACAAAAAGAACACAUUCUUAUUGCAUAAUUAUAUCAGUAAGUAACUAUAUUGUGUAUAAAAAAUUUUCUUUUUUAGUGCAAAAUAAAACUAGUAAAAGGAAAGAAAAGUGAUUUUUAUUAAUUUAAAGGUUAAAUGUUUUUUUUUUCUCCAAAAAUUGUGAUAAAUGAAUUGGAGACUAAUCAGAAUAUGUGACUAAUCAAAAUCCAAAAAAUUCUCCCUAUUUUUGAAUUAGUCUCUCUUAUCCGUGCACUAACUAUUUAGCUUAUAUUAAUGUAAUUUUAGCCAUCUAAUGUACAAUUUUGAAAAAAUGCAAUAUGAGUUUUGAAAUCACAUGAACAAGUGUCAAAUGACAAAAACAUAAUUACUUUAUUUAUUGUUUAGAAAGUAGUCUUCAUAACUUAUUGAAUUAUUUCACUAGUUUGUUCACACAAAUAAACAUAAUGGAAAACUUAACAAAAAUGUCAUAAAAUACAUUAUUAUAAUCUGUAGAGAAAUUUGAAAUA